AUGGGAGGACCCAUAAUUAAUUAUUAUUUUUUUUAAAUAUGUAAACAUUAAUUGGCAAAUAAAAAAAUAAACAAAAAUUUACACUAAAAUAUAUUACGACUAAAUUGUUUUUAUAAACUAAAAAAUUAAGCGUCUAUUUAAAAUAAGAGUAUUUUAUUUUUUGUAUAUAAAUAAAUAUUAAGGAAUUUAUUAAACACAUAAAUUUAUUUAAAAAAUCUUAAAUCAAACAUCUACAAAAAUAUUCCAACACUAAAUAUAGUUUUUUUUUAAAUUAUUAAUAUUCUACAAAAAUUUUAAUAAAAUACAUGUAGAUUAAUGAAAAUGUAUUUUAGAAAAAGAUCUAAUUAAUUAUUUUACAUAAAAAAGAACCCUUUACAAUACAUGAAUGGUAACAGGUUCAGAAGGAUUCAUUUUUUAAAAUAAAUAACAGGUAAUUAAAAACUAGACUUACAGUUAAACCAGUUUAAAAAGUAGUUCUUAAGCAAGAGAAUGGAAAUUUAAUUCAUCUAUUUAGAUCAAAAAAUUUAAAUUCAAAACACUUGGAUUAAAAACACUAAUUACUUACUAUUAGGGCUAUUUUAGCCUUAAACGAGUUUUAAAAAAAUUUGUUAGUAAACUGAAGGACAUAUUUAAAAAAGGAUUUCUUCUGCAAAAGCUUUAGUAAUAGUAGAAUACAACCACAUGCAAAGUUACUUAAUAAAUAUAUGA